AUGAGACCUCAAACUAAACCGGACGUUGAAAACCCGACUGACCCCACCUGUCUUCUUGACGCGGAUUACGGUUACGUCCCGUCGUUACCAUCCGAACGUCAAGAAAAUGAGCGACAACGACCGAGCAAAUCGAUUCUUGUUUUGGUAUCUGCACUGUUGGCCAUUGGGUUGUUGGUAGUUUUAAUAGUUGGAAAUGUGCACAUUGAAACACAACCAGACAGUGAUCCAUUGGUGGAACGACUGAAUCCAGUAGAACAAGGUGUUUCCGAUAAGUCAUUCAGCUUACCAUCGUCGACGUCUUCGUCUGAAUGGACGACUGAAAUGUUGAGUUGGCAAGCACCUGCAUUCCAUUUCUAUCCAGAGAAAAACUGGAUGAACGAUCCAAAUGGUCCGGUUUACUACAAAGGUUGGUACCACUUAUUUUACCAAUAUAGCCCUAAGGCUCCGGUCUGGGGUCUAAUCGUUUGGGGUCAUGCCGUUUCACGAGACAUGGUUCGCUGGCGCCAUCUUCCGAUAGCCAUGGACACGGACCAGUGGUACGACGUCAAUGGCGUCUGGACGGGGUCCACCACCAUUCUUCCAAACAACAAGCUUGUGGUUCUUUACACCGGUUCAACCAAUGAAUCGGUUCAGGUCCAAAACCUAGCUUAUCCGGCCAACCCAUCUGACCCCCUUCUUGUCCACUGGAUCAAAGACCCAGAAAACCCGGUUCUUGUUCCACCACCGGGGAUCGGAGUAAAAGACUUCCGUGACCCCACCACCGCCUGGCUCACCGCCGACGACAAGUGGCGGAUGGUGAUUGGUUCUAAAAUUAAUAAAACCGGAAUUGCGUUAUUGUAUGAUACUAAAGAUUUCAAAAGUUAUGAGCUUCAAAAGGAGUGGUUGCAUGACGUCGCCGGCACCGGAAUGUGGGAGUGUGUGGACUUUUAUCCGGUGUCGGAAAAAGAUUCCGGUCUUGAUACCGGAGCUUACGGGCCGGAUGUGAAGCAUGUUUUGAAAGCUAGUAUGGAUGAUGAUCGAUGUGAUUAUUAUGCGAUCGGAAAGUAUGACCAAGUGGCCGGAAAAUGGGUACCGGAUGAUCCAAAAAUUGACGUCGGGAUUGGUUUACGGUAUGAUUACGGGAUUUACUAUGCGUCGAAAACGUUUUAUGAUCAAAACCAGAAAAGACGGAUUUUGUGGAGUUGGAUUAAAGAGACCGAUAGCGAGGCUUCGGAUAUUCAAAAGGGUUGGGCUUCUCUUAUGGCGAUUCCACGAACAGUUGCGCUUGAUCCAGCAACGGGUAGCAAUUUGAUUCAAUGGCCGAUUGAAGAGAUAGAUAAAUUGCGAUAUGAUCUUAAAAUAUUCGAUGAGAUUCAACUCGAGCCUGGCUCGCUUGUGCCACUCAGUGUCGGGCCAACAUCUCAGUUGGAUAUAAUGGUUGAGUUUGAGCUUGGCAAGAAGGUUGCCAAUAGAUUACGGGUAGGAGCCGCCGUGCCAUAUAACUGUGGUGGUCACGGAGGAGCCGGCAUGAGAGGCGCUUUAGGGCCGUUUGGUUUAUUGGUUCUUGCGAACAAGAACCUCACCGAACACACGCCCGCUUACUUCUAUAUCGCCAAAGGCAUCCGUGGCGAUCUCGAUAUCUUAUUUUGCAUCGAUCAAUCAAGAUCUUCCAUUGCAACGGAUGUCGACAAGUCUAUUUAUGGUAGCACGGUCCCCGUCCUUGAAGACGAAAAAUUGUCGAUGAGGAUUUUGGUGGAUCAUUCGAUCGUUGAAGGUUAUGCACAAGGUGGAAGAACAUGCAUCACUUCACGUAUAUAUCCAACAGAAGCGAUCAACGAUGAUGCUCAAGUGUUCUUAUUCAAUAAUGCUACGGAUAUAAACGUAACAGCUUCCCUCAAGAUAUGGCAAAUGGGUAUGAGGUCAAAGAACGACAGUGGAUGGGUUUGGCUCGGCCCGUCAUUGAUCUUACUUGUCGUCUUUGGGUUCGUGGUAUGGACAUGGCAAAAUCAAAGAAAGAACAAUCGGUGA